CAGCACCGGUGCGUGCUGCUGUUGGCUCACCGCGCGCGCUCACUCACUCACUCAAUCUAUCUCUCUCUCUCUCGCGCGCGCACCUUCAGCCACCCUCUCUCUCGCGCUCUUCUUCACUCGCGCUCCGAGCGAUGACCAAAAAGACACAACGAGACAAACCAAAGGGAGGUGACGGCGAGGACGGGAUAUAAGUGAAGGAUGGACGAAUGAUGAGAGGACCGUUAGUUGGCUGGCAGACAGACAGGAGAACCGCUGUCGCAGAGGACCAGGAGAAGGAGGAGGAGGAGGAGGAGGAGGAGGAGAAGGGACGGAGGAGAGAGAAGAAGAAGAAGAAGAAAAAGAAGAAGGAGAAGAAGCCGUCACAUCUGCCGUGACUUUGGGGAUUUCUCUCCGGCGAAAGUGGGGAGGGAAAAAAAAGAAAAAAGGGGGGAGACGCCACAUUCUUUCGGAUGCUAAAACCCACCGUGUGUGUGUGUGUGUGUGUGUGAGAGAGGGAUGAUUAACAUGUGUGGGAAUUACCGUGAUGGACAGACAUGUCGGUUGUGGCCGCCGUUUGUCAUUUUUCGGUUUUGCAGUUUCGUCAGUUAAGGUAACGGCUGCUUUUUUUUUUUUUCAAAAAACAGCGAGCCGUUUGAAAGCUAACGGCUAAAAAUUCAAAAAAACAAACAAAAACAAUUUAACACUGUUACGAGCUCUUCUUUAUUUUUAUAUAUAUUUAAUUUGAAGCAUCCUUUUUUUUUUUUUAAAGAGAGUGUUUGGCCUCCCUGGGAGCAAGGUGGAUUUGUUUCGGGGGGGUUAAAAGGAGGACGUUUUUUUUACCCCACCACCACCAUCACCUCCUCCUCCCCCUUACAUAAAUGUUUGCGUGCCGUUAGUGCUCUCGUUCUCGGUCGACCCCCCCCUUUCCCUCUGAAAACACACACACACACACACACACACACACACACACACACACACCUUAUAUGCAUACAUAAUCACACAGACAGACCUUACCCCCUCCCUGACCCACCCAUCCCUCCUCAACACCACCAACCCCCCCACCACAAUCUGAUGACUCCCCGGCGUAGAGGUGGACGUGGUACGGGUACUGUAGCAUCAUCAUCCUCCUCAACACUACCACUGUCAUCAUCACCACCACCACCACCAUCCUCCUCCUCUUCCUCUUCUUCCUCGCCACCACCACCACAACUACCACUACCAUGUCCUCGUCGUCGCGCAAGAUCUCCUCCGAGUCGUUUAGCAGCUCGGUGGGCUCGGACUGCGGGCUCGAAAGCCCCGGGGGAGACGGAGGGGACGGCGGCCUGGAGACGGCGGAGGAGAGCCGAGGUUGCCCCUUCUCCUCCUUCCCGUCCUCCCACAGAGCGGUGCUAUGGAACGGACGCAGCCCCGCCGAGAGGUCGGCGUGCCCGGCGGGCGAGGAGCAUCAAGGACCCCACAAGCGGGUCACCAGGAGGAGACGGGUGAACCUGGACUCGCUGGGGGAGAGCCUGAGGCGACUGACCUCACCCAUGACACAGACUGUUCAGGAGGCUCUACGGCGAACACUACAAUUCUACAGACAACAAGAGAUCAGGUGUCAAGAAGUUGGCAGUGAGGAGCGGCAAAGAGAAAAGAGAGAGGAUAAGUGCCCAUUUGUAGAAAACUCUGGUUCAGAGGAAGAUGUCCUACAAAUCCUUCAGUACAUGGCCACCAUACUGGGAGUACCGUUCUGUGAGCUGCGGGAGCAUUUCGGAGAGGAGUUCUUUGGCCUCUGCUUUGAAGAAAACGAACGAGUGCUUCGGGCAGUAGGUGGCAACCUCCAGGACUUCUUCAAUGGCUUUGACGCCAUUUUGGAACACAUUCGCACCUCCACGGGGCGCCGCGCCUCAUCUGAGAGCCCCUCCUUCCAGUGCAAGGAUCCCCACGAAGAGGAGAAAGGGAGAAGAAAAGUGGACAAAGUUGGAGAGCGAGGAGAAAUCGAUGGAAGAGGGAAGGUGUUGCUUCUUCAUUGUUUCAACCCUGCCCCUUUUGUUGGAUUGGUCAUGCCAGGGUUGAUCCGAGCUGUCGCCAGGCGGAUCUUUCAUUCAGAGGUCGAGGUGGAAGAGGUGCCACCUCUAACUCCCCUAUUGCCCAACGAAGAUACAGAACACACAGACGGCGACUCCACAACGCCGACCCCGACUGCGUCCCCCAAUGCCUCGCCCUCCUCAUCCCCGUCCCCUCCGUCUCCUUUCUCAACCGCUGUCCCCACAGUCUGCUUGUCCUUCCAAAUCCAGGAGACACGUCCUCCUUCCCUCUCCUCCUUCCCAAACGCUGCUUCGGCGAGCACUAAACGGCCCCCCCUCUCACUCUCCACCAACCCCAGUGAUCUGCGCAUCGGCCUGGCCACGUUUUGCCGCGCCUUUCCAUUUCACCUCGUCCUGGGGCCUCGCAUGGAGCUACUGCAGCUCGGGGAAGGACUGAGGAGACAGGCUCGCAUUGAGCCUCACCGGAGCCUCUCGUUCAGGGACUGUUUUGAGAUUGUCUCACCUAAGAUGGAGCCUUCGUUCCAGGGCAUCCUCCUGAGGCUUGCAUCCCCAUUCACCAUCCGCACAAGGCCUGACACCACGCAGACCGGCACCAAGGAGAAGGUCAUGGAGUUGAAGGGUCAGAUGAUCCAUGUGCCCGAGUCCUACUCCCUGAUGUUCCUGGGCUCGCCACGUGUCGAUAAGUUGGAAGAGCUGAUGGGCAGGGGCCUCCACUUGUCAGAUAUCCCCAUCCACGAUGCCACACGAGAUGUUAUCCUGGUGGGGGAGCAGGCCAAAGCCCAAGAUGGCCUGAAAAAGAGAAUGGACAAACUUAAGGCCACUUUAGAGCGGACUCACCAGGCACUGGAGGAGGAAAAGAGGAGAACCGUGGAUCUCCUAUAUUCAAUAUUUCCAGGUGAUGUGGCACAGAAAUUGUGGCAGGGUCAGCCUGUGCCCGCUCGCAAAUUUGACGACGUCACCAUGCUGUUCUCGGACAUCGUGGGUUUUACUGCUGUGUGCGCCCAGUGCACACCUAUGCAGGUCAUCUCCAUGCUGAACGAGCUUUACACACGCUUCGACUACCAGUGUGGCAUUCUGGACGUUUAUAAGAUUGAGACAAUAGGUGAUGCCUACUGUGUGGCAGGAGGACUUCACAAGAAGGUCGAUAGUCAUGCAAAGCCAAUCGCACACAUGGCCCUGAAGAUGAUGGAACUUUCCGAGGAAGUGCUGACACCUGACGGGAAACCUAUCAAGCUAAGGAUAGGUAUCCACACAGGCUCGGUGCUGGCAGGCGUGGUCGGGGUUAAAAUGCCACGUUAUUGCCUGUUUGGGAACAAUGUGACACUGGCAAGCAAGUUUGAAUCAGGGAGCCAUCCGAGGUGUAUCAAUGUCAGUCCCACAACUUACCAGUUGCUGAAAGAUGACCGCUCUUUUUCGUUUGUCCCUCGUUCUCGGCUGGAGCUCCCGGAGAAUUUUCCCAAAGAGAUCCCAGGGACGUGUUACUUCCUGGAGGCGGGGACAUCUCACAGUCAUGCCUCGCUGACCAGCUCUCGCUCCGCUCCCCCGGCCUCUAUGAGGAAAGUCUCCUACAGCAUUGGGACCAUGUUUCUAAGAGAAACAAGUUUGUAGGUCCCAUACACAGACAAGGAUACACAGAUAUUCAUUACGUGAUGGGCUGGAUUUGAACCUGUAGAACAUGCAGAUCGCACAGAUCUUUGGGUAUGCAAAUGAAUUAUGUUUGAAAAGCUGGAUUCAGACCUGUGGGAUGGCCUAUGUGGAUGAAACUUCCUCUCAUCAUAGGUAAAAAAGAACAUCAUGUCCUCUGAGCAAGGGAGAUGUUUGAAAGACUUGAGGAACAGCAACUAUGCUCGUCUCACAUGGACCCUUCCCCGAGGAGGUCUACUUAUGGGGUAAUUAGUGAAGAAACCUUAAUAUAAAACUUAAUGAUCUAGCUGGAUUCUUCAGCUCAAUACCUGGUUUCUAGCUCACUCCAGUGGUCCUCUCUCCUAUACGGUACCCUGACUUGGGUCUAGAAGCAACAAUGUUUGGAGAAAACCUGGAGAGAGACCAUUUACAUAACCAGUGUUGCAUUCGUUAGUAAUGGAAUUGCGCAAACAGAACAAAUCCACUUUCUGUCAACAAAGUGGAUGCUGAGGAAUGAAGUUGUAAGAACCUUAAGAAGAUGGCAACAUUGCCACAAAUGUUUGCUGUGCAUCAUGGCCUCUUGUACAAGGAAGACCACUACUGAAGAACAAUACAACUCCCCUUCCAACUGUCCCUGAAUCAUGUCAUGCUUUAACAAUCAUACUUCUAACAUCUGCUGCUUGUUACAUCCGUCCGCCAACCUUAUCGGACUAGUUGGGCGGCGUUGGGAGAAAUGAAUGAGAGGCACAGAAAAGAAGGUUUGAGAGUUUGUCAUCUAGGGACAAAUGCCAAAAAAAAACACACAAAAAAACGCUAGUACUAAGCUGAUCUUAGAGCCUUUUCUGCUUUUAACCCACAGCAAAGUAUACCAACAACAAUCCAGCCAUUUCAUGCAGGUAAUAUGUUUAGGGCUGAAAAUUAUUCCCAGCUCAGUGCCUUUUUACUGCUCAAAUCAGGACAAAUACAAGAGGGAUUCAUUCCAAAUAUUUGAAAAGGACAAGAAGCGCUUCAUUUAUCUUAUGUUUCCGCUAGUUUUAACAAAUAUUAAAGACAUUUCUAUGUCAUUAGAAAGUGAAAGAUUUGGAUGAAGGUAUGUCAUGUGCCAAAGGUUAUAAACCUGUGAUGUUGCAAGUCACAGCAGGAGCCUUAUCCCACCGAGCCAGCAGGAGUCCUGACAGGUUGUGUCUUUCAUUACGAGAUGGUCGUGAACAGCUGACAAGAUAAAUCAAGCGCUCCUCAAAGAAUUCAAAUAUUUUAAAUUCUAUUCGUCUUUUUUUUUUUUUGUCCUGACUAACCAAUAAUACAUACAUUAUAGUACUAAUAAUAUAGUGCUAUACUAACUUGUACACAUACUCACAGUAUGCAUGCUUGACACGGUUCACAUUUACAUACAUAAUCUUUUUUAAUUGCAUUGUUUGUUUGUUUUUUACCACGUGGAUAUAAAAGUACUUACUACCCCCGUGCAAAUGUAACCAACAAAAUUCAAAUUCCAAAUCUGCUAGUUUGCCAGCAGACUGACUAUGAUUUACUCAGUGGAAAUCUCAGGCCUUCCAAAUACUUCAGCGUAGCUCAGUAACCCAGACAUGGGAUAAUAACUGUCCGAAGUUUUGUCUAAGAGAAUCUUGUCAUCAUAAAAUGGGAAGUGAAGGGUUGAAGUUUUUACAGAUUGUAACUCACAUUACAUCGCCGCCAUUGUUCUCUAUGGUGUAGACAUCACAUAGAUGCAGCAUCGGUGAAGUACAAAUCAUGACUCAAGUUUAUAUCAGUUUGAACAGCUGGCUGUCUCAGGCCUACAGAGGCACGUAGGAGGCAUUAGUUUCCAUCAUAUAUAAAACUUUUUAAUCUAAAUGUUUUUAGUAUCUUCUCUAAGAAGUUAACUGAGAUUUGUCAACAUCACAUCCUUAUUUUAACUUUUUAUUGAUGACCAGACUUCAGAAAUAAUCUAGUUUGUUGUUUGUUGAAUAUGUGCGUGCUUACCUUCUUGGUGUUUUUUUUGUUUUUUUCAAUUGUGCAACAUCAUCACAGUGUGGCAUAAGUUACUGCCAAAAAGGCCCAUCUAAAUGAGUACAUAUUUGACAAUGGAAAACUCCAGCACAAGUUUUAAUUCACUUUUAAAUCACAUGCAUCUACAUGUUGCCAAAUUAAUUGACAGGCUACUGAACUUUUAAAAGAUCAAAUAAAAUGUGCCAAUUGAAUUCUCAGACACCACCAGCAGCAGGGGUUUUGGUUGAAAGGGCAGGACCAGUGCACUUUGAUUCAACAGGAACAUGUGCUGGCUAUGCUAUGCUAUGGAAAACACAGCUUGAAGGAAAAGACCAGAGAGGUUUAUUUAGUUCACACACAAAAGCUAAUGCUACAUCUGGCCAAAUUAUUCACCCACCAAAGGGCAUUGUGCCCUCUAACUAAGAUUAACACCAGCAAAACAAAGCAAUGUGCCAUAUUUAAGGAGAGAAUAGAAAGAGGUGAAAAUAGAAACGUUAAAAAGAUUUCUUUGAUCAUACUAACGUUGAUUAUAGGUCAUUAUUGCCAUAAACUGUUUUUCAACUGUCAUCAGAUUCUCUGACAGGACUAGCGUCAGAAAGCGUGAAACAUUUACAGCACCAUCUGUCAGGGUCCUGAUCAAUUUUGGCAAAGAAAAUCUACAUUUUUGAGAAUAUUUUUCCACACACCCCAUAGUCCUAUCUAUAUUUACAGUGAAGGAAAAUAACUAGAACCUAUUUUCAAAAUUGUUUCAUGUCGCUUUAAGUAUACUAUGCAGUAUAGAACUAACAAUGGACUAGACAACCUUAACACCUAAAGAUAAAUCAAAUCAGUCAAACACAUGAAAGCAUAGUUUUAGCCUAAAAAUAUCACAACACGAAAAAGUAUGUGUAUUAACGCUGAACUAGGUGCCAUUGUUUAGUGGGUCAACCUUGUGAUCUUAAAGUUCCAGUGUGUAACAAUUACGAGGAUCUAAUGGCAGAAAUGGAAUAGUAUAUACAAAACUAUGUUUUCGUUAGUGUAUAAUAAAAAUAAGAAUCAUUGUGUUUGAGUUAGUUAUGAAUGAGCCUUUUAUAUCUACAGUCACUUCAGGUUUUCUUUCAUGGAGUCCGCCACGUUGAGCCCCCACUAAAUUACACUAAAUCCUACACACUGGACCUUUAAGCCUACAGUAUAAAUUGAUUUAAAGAGAAGUGGAAACUUUGAUUUAACUUAAAUUUAAGUCAGUGAGAUGCUUGUUUUUGUGGGGGGAUCUUUUAGAAAGCAUCUUUUUUUUUUGGUUGCUUUGUGGCAACAAAGACACAACUGACCAAAAGGUCAAUAAGAUUCUUUUGUGAUAUUUCUGAGAACCAGAAUCUGCAGCACUCACUUGAAACAUCCAUCUUGUACUGUAUACAGCCUGGUCUGUAGAAGCUCACUAGAAGUUUUCUAAGAGCCUGAGGAAGUUUCCCAUGUCUUUAAAGGCCUGGGAAAGUGGAUAGUGCCAAGCGGAGGCCACAUGGGCCAUUUUAUUCAAAAUAACCGUUUUCAGAGAGGUACCUAAAGUGUUAGCUCUAUUUUAGUUUGAUUACAAAGGCCAUACAAGCACUUCUUUAUGCAUAAGCCGAUUGUUAUUUAUUUCUGGAAGCCUGAGCUUUCUUCAUACUGCAAGGGACUAGGGAAUAUCAGAAGAAUCUGGCAUUAACGUAUGUCCAACUUGGAGCGUAACAGUUUAAACUUGUUUUACUCUGACUUUAUGUUCCCACGCACCCAAUAGUUGGUGCAACUCCUCCUGAAAGGAGACGAUGGCCAACAGAGAAUAACAAAAGCAAACAUGUUUAUGACUAUAAGUUACAUAAGCAAGUGUUGUUCAUGUUAGAUCCACUAUGGGGAAAAUCAGUGCAAGGACACUACGACUGCAGCUGUAAAAAAGAGAAUUUCCCUAGGUCUCCGUAAGCCAGGUGAACCACUCUUUAAUGUAUUUGACAGCUGUGUUAUUAAGCCUUGGGAAAGCUUCUUCCAAGGCAGUCGCUCUGACUGCCAUUUUGGCGAUAUUCUAUAAUGCAUACAUGCAUUCAUGUGUACAAUUAUCUAUUGUAGCAUAAAUGUAGUGCAGGUGCCAUUUACACUUAACUUCAGCAGUGCCUGAAUUCUGCAUCUAGGCUAAAUAAAGGACAUUACAUCAGCGUUACGCCCACGCAACUUGUGUCCAAUGCUCACAUCUCCAAGUCUGUAAAUUCUUGGCGUAACAUUAAACAUUUGGCCAGGUCUUACAAAUCUUGCCGUUAUGAUGUGGAGGUGUUGCAGGUACUGGUUCUCCACAGCGUUGUUGUCUGUCGUGGAUCACCACUCAGCGGUGCACACUGUAGGUCACUUGCUCAUAUAUAGGCGGACAUCACAAUUACAGCGGCAAUACAACUGAGCUGUACUGUAUACGCUGUGCCAAACAAUGAACAUGAACAAAUGUUGUCAUGAUGAGCCUGAGGUAAGUGUGGGAGGCUCCAAUGAGACAAGCCAAAUACAUCCAGCAACUGUUGUCUGUGUGCUCGCUGCGUAUGUAUGAGAGCAUAUUGAGUUGCCAAUGUAUAAACAUAAUGAUCUAUAAAUAAAGGCCUAUUGUACCUGUAACAAAGAUGUACAAUUUAGAUCUAUUUAAUAUAUUCAAAAUGAGUAAUGAAUGGGUAUACUCCACAAAAUGAUUUGAUGAUAUUCACUGCUUUGUUGUCUGCCAGAUACUUUACUUCAUGUCAGUAUGUGUGCCAUGUAAAGUCAGGCUGAUUUUCCAACAUCACCAGUGUCCCACGAAACCUUCCCACCCUCAAGUCCCGUCUUUUUACAAAAAAAAAAAGAGAGAAAAAACUGGAAGAUUUUUUCAUUCCACAUCAAAUUUUGAACGAUUUCCUUAAAUUAUGGAUUUAUGAAACUUUUUUUCUUCAACUGACUGAGCAUGACACUAAUUUCUAUUGAAAAACUUGCUCUUUUUUUGUUGUUUGCAGGACAUUGUUAUAAACUGUCUUGUUGCCAAGAUUAACUUCACCCCCACUGACUUUCAGUAACGGGUCUAAGCUGGUUUGAACAGCAGAAACAAACAUGGUUGAUAUGCUCGUCAUAUGUGUCCAGGGUCCUCCUAAACAUUUCUCCACAGAUAUAAAGCUUCACCUACAUAAGAAUAGUAGCUUCCAUAACAUUUACACACCAGCUUAUUUUAAAAAUAAUGAAAUAUUUGUAACAUUUAAUCAUUUCACUGGGAUCUCUCUCAGACUUUGGGAGCCACUGGUCGAUGUCACAUGUCAGAAAUCUGGUCAAUGUUUUGUACUUUGAUGUCAUGGUGUGAACAUGCAGAGCUGACCCUGGACAUGAACCCUGUUUGACACUGUGGUUGGAAUCAGGUGUGUAUGUGGAAGAGGCUUUAUGACAGCUGUUGGUUUCUGAGUGACAUUAAGGGCACAUCUUCUGUCUUAUAUAAUGUAAAUAAAACAAAAACAAAACACCAAGUAUCUUUAAUAAGGAA